AUGAACUCGCUCAACAUCAUCACCUCGCGCGUGUCGCCGGCAUCCAGCGCCACUCCGUCUCGAUCCAACAGUCUCAGCUCCAUGGGUCUCGAACUUCCCGGAAUCGAUGAGAAGCUCCACGACGCUCAGGAAGGCCAUCGCCCCGAGGGCAAGGACACGGAGCCCUUUCCUGAUGCUGCGGAGGGAUCCAACGACGAAAAGUCGAUUCCCUCGGAGCAAAGGCCGCUUUUGUCGGAAAGCAAGGAAUCGCCAGAAGCAUGGGACACUUCCCGUGGGCAGUGGCUGCCCCGGCGCAUGAUGUCGAGCGUCAUCAACUCUAUUCGGUGGCUCCUUUCUACGCUCGCUUCUCCUGGCGUCUAUCUGAUUGCCUGUUUUUUCAACGAAGAUGAUGUGUUUGCUCCUAUAUCGCAGCUUAAGAAGCUGUUUGGAGUGUAUCCCAACUCGAGGCGGAAAGAGGCCUACGACAGCAGCCACCCCCACAGCGAUGGCGACUCGCCCGACUCACAGACGACUUCUUCCGGCAACAACAAAGGGCUGGCACCGCCCGCCAAUGUCCGCCCAGGCACCUCGUCUUCUAUGUCCUCCGAAUCUGAUUCCGACUACUCUCAAACCCCGUCCAUCGGCGGCCGCCACAACCGGUCCAAGUCGCUCCAAUCCUCGGAAGAAGGCGAACCGUCGCGAAGGUCGAUACGAAUCAAGCUCAACAAUGACGACGCCACUCGCCAACGCAAGCAGCACCGUAAGACGCAGUCUGCAGCACCGCGCACCAAGCCCAGCGAGUACGGCCAGGAGCUGUCUGCCCAUCUCAAGUCUCCUACCUCCCCACACGCCGCCCUGACUAAGUACCCUAAAGCACCUGCGCCGCCUCGACCCUUGAUCCCCCGCCGACAACCGUCCUACAUCAAUCUUGAUCCCUCGCGCAAGCAGCAGAAGACGCUGAUCCUGGACCUGGACGAGACGCUGAUUCACAGCAUGUCCAAGGGUGGGCGUUUAAACAGCGGCCACAUGGUCGAGGUACGCCUUAACACGGCCUCUCUGGGCCUGAGCCCCGGCGGCAACGCGGGUAUGGCGCAACACCCAAUUCUCUACUGGGUCAACAAGCGACCGUACUGCGACGAAUUUCUGCGGCGGGUGUGCAAGUGGUACAACCUGGUCGUGUUUACGGCGUCGGUGCAAGAGUACGCGGAUCCAGUGAUUGACUGGCUCGAGUCGGAACGCAAGUUCUUCUCUGCACGCUACUACCGGCAACACUGCACAUAUCGACAGGGGGCAUACAUCAAGGACCUGAGCUCGGUAGAGCCUGACCUGAGCAAGGUCAUGAUUCUGGAUAAUAGUCCGCUGAGCUAUCUGUUUCACGAGGACAAUGCCAUUCCGAUCCAAGGCUGGAUCAAUGAUCCUACAGAUAACGACUUGAUGCACCUGGUACCGAUGCUUGAGGGACUGCAAUAUGUACACGAUGUGCGUGCGCUGUUGGCGCUCCGCGGAGGCGAAGACAGCCAGUCGAUGGGCUAG